AGCCUCUCCUGCAGACAUUGGGUCUAUCAACCCACCCACGGAAUUCCGCAUUCGAGACAGCAAACAGAGACAGGGAACAUGUCGAAAGGGGCAGCCGCGGGUUGGUGCAAGUGAUCAAGAACACACUACAGAAACUGCAACCUCUAUCAAGAGAGCGCAACCCAAACUUCGGCACUUCACGACCACUCAGCAGUCUAUACA